AAGCUGCUACUGAUAAUGGAGGCAAACAGACGAAGAGCUCAAGCCGUAGUAAUUUAAGUGCCAACUUAGACUAAACACAAAAAAGUUCCAACAGCAAUGUAGCCUCGAAUCCACGCCGAUUAAAUUGAUUCGAGGCUAACGGCAACGGUUCAACUUUUGGCGCUUUUAAAUAUGCAUGCCUUAACAUAUAUAUGUGUAUGCACUUUAAGCAGCUGCAUGUACUGUAUAUAACUGUCUAGAUGCAGCUGUAAAGACAGAGAUAGAAUCGUAGAUCCACCUGACUGUACUAAGAGACAUUAGUGUGCAUAUAAGUGCAACCUUGCAUGAUUUAAGCGCCAGCUCAGAUUGAACGAACAUUUGAGUUCUGAAAGCCAGAGUAUACUCUGGCUUUUCUGGCUAUAAUCAACUACGGUUGCAGAAAGAAAAUGGCUUGGUCCAACCACCAACCCCACAUUGGUGGACUUUCUCCUGCAAAAAGACAUGCACACGCUUACACUAUAUAUGUAUACUAUUAUGUCAAAGAUGGCGUCUACAAGUUCCUUUGACAACGUUAGAUCUCAUCUGAAACUGUGCAUGUGCUUCCAUCAAAUCGGCAGUAUAUAGCAACGAGUCACAAGCUGUCACCAUCACUACCACCUGACCACCCUCCCUCUAUGAAGCGCCCAUCUGACUCUGAGCUGAGAGACAAGAAGGCUCGUGUAUUUGUAUGUUGUCAAGGACAAUUACGGCUUUAUAGGUUAACGUGAAGUACGAUCAUGACUUUAUUGAAGAUAACUCCUACAGACAAGUCCCAUUUUUCUCAAGAAGUAUUGCACUACUCACUCCAAAGCAGCGAUUCUAGUACAUGCAUGAGAGUGCUUUGAGGGUGUCCUGUUGUCGGGGACGCCCACCCUAUCAAGACACACAGACCACUGCACUGGACAAGAACUUCAGACUAGUGUCCCACACUCAGUUCGGACUGAGAUACUGCAAUGGAGUAGACUAUCUGUAUACCGUAUAUAGCGGGUAAUUUUCUUGUGGUAAAAUAUUCGUUAUUUUCGUGGGCAAACUGACCUCCAUGAAAAUUUUCCCUAUGAAAAUGUAUAUACAGACAAUGAAUCAAACAAAAUUUCUACUCACGAAAAUUGUCGAUUUCGAGUUAAAAGAAUUUUUACCCCAUGCGCUAUAUGGUAUACAAUGCGCAGCAAAGUCACCGAACUUUCAUUAAUUUGUUAGGUCUUCCAUAAAUUACAAUGUACAAUGUUUAUAAUAAUUAACAUAAUGCAUGUGAGUGCCUGUGGUUAUAGUUUAAAACUUUGAUUGACACAAAACAGUGUAAGAAAAUGCACACUAUAAGCAGUGCAUGCAUGGAUAUCUCUUUUGUUCGUGUUCGAGAGCAUGAGUGCUUUGUUCUCAUCGGAGUUUGUUUGUAUAACAUGCAAAGAUUAUUUGCUGCAUAAUUAUAAUUACCGCUACAUCUGCUGGUUAUUACGCGAGUAGACUCCAUACCCGAAAAAUAAAAUAAGAAUAAAACGUUUGUAUCAUGGCUCGCUGGUACAAGAGGAGAGUUAGAGACGAGGGCUACAAUGCACACAGAGUGGUGACGAAGUCGAGAUGAUUGUAACACUUCAUGAUCUAGAAUAGAGACAAAUCAAUGUGUUCUGAGUUCAGUUAUGUCUAUUAUUAUAGAUGUUAUAAUCAUGUACUUGGUACUGAAACGUAUACAAUGUCAUACUAUUUUCAAUGGCAACAAGUGUGAGUGACUACAGAAACUGAACAUUAGCCAUCAUGUUGUGUACCACUAUCGCAUUUUUGUAACAUAAUACAUAUCAGAGCCAUUGCACGAGAUUUGUGAUGUUAAGUUAGCCAAACCGAUGUACUGAUAUUGCAGUGGCAUGUAUAUCUAUAGGGUGGAGUUAGCCUCAUUCCCAGGCCAAUUUUUCACCAAAAUAUAGUUGACGGCUCAAAGCGUUAUUUUAGAGACAACUCGGCAUGGGGACAAGGCUAGGGUGAAGUGAAGUGCUUUGUUUUGCACAUCACUAUAAUAAUGGCUAGUAGUGUUUGUGUUACUUCUUGAGAACAUUUUCAAUACGUGUGUAUCUUACAUAGUUGUCCAUACGUAAUGGUAGUUCAGAUUCUAUGAUAAUAAAUACAGCAUUUUCAUUGUUUGCAGAUCGUCACUGAGUUUCUAUUUUCACUUUAAUAAUACACUUUGUCCUAAUGCAUGGUACCUAAUACCAGGCAGUCCACUAAUUGCAUGCAUAGGUUAAACCACUAGUCAACAUACAUAUAUGCCAUAAUAUGCACAGCUAUAGUGUCGAAAUGAGUAGUUGUAAAUACAGAAUCAGAACGUUCUACUCAAAGGGAGCCUACCUUGUUCUAGCUUGGACACUGCUUCUUGGUUUGGAUCAGAUGCCUGAUGCUUCAUCUUCUAGCAUUACUAGUUUUAUCGCUUGGUUUGUGUUUAGUAUAAGUGUCGGUAGAUGGACUGGGGAGUUUUUGUAUUUUGUAUUGAAGGACAACUGUUUUGGAUUGGUUGCUGAUCCAGUAAGUAUUAUCCAGCUUUAUAGUCUGUGUCCUGCUGUAUUUGUAAGUCUUAUUCUUAUUCUUGACCUUCUUUUCGCUAAGAGCUGGUUGAUAAUUGAGCCUAACCCACCAAAAUCUUUUACAACCAUUUACCAAGUUCUCAAGUUUGCAGCUAAGCACAAGGCUCCCCUCAAUCGCAGUGCUCUCACAUACUGGGAAGAAGACAUACCUUCAAGAAUGGACCUGGGAAAGUUGAGAUACGGUGGACCAUUCACUACCGAGCAAGUGGAAGAUGUAAAAUCAAUUUUACGAUUGUUGGCUAUGGGCAUACCCUUGUGGUUAAUCUUGUUUGCAUAUGCUUUUAAUCCUACAUUUCAUGGCAUUUCAUUACAACAUCACGAUAUAAAGUUUCCUAAUCUCACCAACUGCACAUCUGAUAUGCUUUUCUCUUUCACGUACAGUGAUCAUUGGUGGUCUAUGAUCGGUAUCCUGGUUAAUGAGUUUUUUUUUUACCCACUUUUGAGAGAUAGGCUUCCAAGCAUUCUAAAGAAAAUUGGUGCUGGUUCCUUCCUUUCUCUAGUUUUGAGUAUGUGUUUUAUUAUUCAAGAAUCAUUUGAGGUUUUUCGUAGUUACGAGGCAAUCGAAUUGGUAAAAAGUGUAAUAUCAUUUGUAUCAAAAGGUCUGCUGUCAAAUAUUUUUCUUUGUGCAAUACUGGAGUUAGUUUGUGCUCAGGCCCCAUACAACAUGCGGAGAUUAUUUACUGCGUAUAUGCUUCUGGAUUAUCUGACUUCCACACUUGCUGGCUAUUUUGGAGGUGUUACCAUUUCCCAACAAAAUAAUAAAAUGGUACUGAUUGUGUUUGGAAUCAAGGCCAUUUUGAGUCUGUUUGGAUUCAUCCUUUACUGUGUCCUGGCUCGCUGUUACAAGAGAAGAGUUAGAGACGAGGACUACAAUGCACAGAGAGUUGUGGAGGAGGUCUAUGAUCGGUAUCUAAAUCCAAGCAUUAGUAAUUGAGUGGGCAGACUAUAAUAAUACAUUAGUCAUAAGAAUUCAGCAUGCAUAAUAUAAUCUAGUACACAAUGAACCAAAAAUUAUAGUUAUUGUGUCGCAUACUGUUGUUGUAAACAUUCAUCAAUAUCCCGUAAGAAGUUUUCUAUAGGCUAACGCAAUACCAAAAUCAUUGAACUUUGUUUGAAACGUUAGCUACAGAAAUUGAGGGGUAUAGAAAUUAAGGCAGUGAGUGAUGGUGACUGUGGUGUGGUAUAUAAUAGCAUUAUGGCACACUAUACUACACAGUGCAUGUACUGGCUCCAUCAAAAUCCAAUUAUUAUAAUAUACCGGUAGUUGGUCCAUUUCAGACUAUACACCAACCCAUAACCUCCUUCAUCAGCCUUUAAGAGAAAAGAAGGCCUGCUAUCAACUGCUUGCGCAUGCGCAAAAUUAUUGGAUAUUUUUUCCCGUACAAUUUCCUAUAAUACUGAAUUUUAUUUAUCAGAGAAAAUAUCCAAAAAGUCAUACACAGAGCUAUAUAGCUAGCUACAGACAAAGCUGUAGGGUUGUUGUGCAGCUUUUUCCUUUCUGAUAGAGUCAGUAGCAGUAGUAUAGUAGACUUUCACCAAAGUUAGUGUUAGAUGGGCGUGGCCUGUCCAUAUAGGCUCUUGUUAGUUGGGCGUGGCUCGACCGUCCCUGACGGGAAGUUGGGUUGGAAGCUUAUCUGGGAUUUGUUCUGCUGCAUUAUGUAACACUGCUAUGUUUUUCUCAAGUGGGUGUUAACUGACAUGAUGACGUGGAUAAACCACAGCAUACUGCAUGCAGUUUCGCAACUAGAUGCAAACAGAAGUGUAACCAAGCACGUGAAAAUGCUGCAAUCUGAUAGGGUUCCACUAGUGGCGCUAGAACAA